GACGCGCGCUCCUCUGGCUGUGGUGCCUCUGAUCUCUGACUGGGUGGGGAUUAACCUCUGUUUUGCUCUUCGCAACUGUAUCGAGGAAGUACAGGAGCGGUGUUUGUUAUUCAACGAAGAAGUGACCGUCUGUCUUACCGGAUACCGGGAGACUCGGUUCACAUGCAGUCUUUUUUACCAUCCAAACGCGUUUCACUGCUGGAGUUACAAUACAAGUGAAAGGCCGAGCGUGGUGAACGUCGUUAGACAAUGGAGAACGCGUGGAUUUCGGCGAGGACAGGACUGCUGCUCAUUUUUAUUGUAGGACUCGUGACAACUGAACCUUGUAAUGAAGAUAUUCCUUUACCCAGAGGUUUGACAGUGAGGAGUCAUAACUUUAACACUGUGUUCUCAUGGAAAUAUGACACUUUUUCUCCAAAGCCAUUAUUUAGCGUGAAAAUGAGUUAUUACCUGACUGGAAGUUCUAAAUAUGCCCAACACUGUAUAAAUAUUACUUCAAUGGAAUGUGAUGUUUCUUCUUUGAUCAAUAAUUAUGAAGAACAUUACAUUUUAUCUGUAUCUGCUACUGUUGGCACAAACCAAUCUUGUAAUAGACACAUUAAGAUGUCACUACCAGACCAAGGUGUUUUGGAUUUUCCUCCAGUAAACAUGACUGCUGAUGGAAGAAAAGUUACAGUUGAAUUUCAGCGACCUGAUAUAAUGUAUAAAAAAAAGCAUUCUUUCCUGAGAAAACAAGAUGAAUUUGAAUAUAUGAUUAAAUAUUGGGAGAAGGCAGCAGAGAAUUUUGUUCCAACUCCAUCUCUGUUUAAAUGUUCUCGUAAACAGCAAAGAUGUGAAGCUAAACUGCUUCUACCAAAAGAAAAUGCUGAAUACUGCUUUGUAUUUGAAGGGAAAAUAUUUCAGAUGCCAAUUAAUACCUCAAAAGAAGUUUGUUUGACUGAUCCUGCAAAAGAAGAUAAAAGCCUGGCAAUAAUUCUUUCAGGAAUAAUCCUGAUUCUUAUUGCAGUUACAGUUUUAACUUCUUUAUUGGUCUACAAGUUACUGAAGAGUAGAACUACUGUUUUACCAUCAUCCUUGCUUUUCUUCCUAAAAGGAAUAAAACCGUACAAUAAUAUACAGAAAGAAGAAACGACUUGUUCUUCUGUCCAAACAGCGGAAUCGCCAACAAGUAACCAAACACUAUUGCAUGAAGAAGUGGGAGUAGAUGAGAUGCUUGAUAAAGGUGUAGCAUCGAUGGAAAACUCCAGAAUGAAAAUUGGAUGCAGUAAUGUUGGAACAGAAACAGAACAAAUAUCAUUUUUGGAAAUUGUAAAACCAGAAAACAAACCCAAUGUUGUGUUUGUUGACACUGGUGAUGAGCUCACAAACCCUGAUGAAGAUAUCAGAACAAUUUCAACAAUGCUGGAAAGUGGAUCUUCAACAGAUAGCAUUCAGUCAAAUCCCAUUGUAUCAUUUGGAUAUGACAGGCCCCAAGUGCUUGUAGAGAUGGAUUUUAGUGAUAUAGUGGAGGGUUACAAGCAUACACAGCUCGAGUAAGAUACUGUUAAGACUUAUCCUGCAGGGCAAGAGACUGUUUGUGGGUGUGUCCGAAAGGAGAAAAAGAAAUAUUAAGCACUUAAUGCUACAAAGGUGAAGUUGUUCAGAUGUUCUUCUCAUUACAGUCUGUGAACAGAACUUGUGCUCGAUUCCUUUUUGGAAAUACCUUAAUCUAAACGAGUUUCUCCCAGUUAAAACUAUUAAGCUACUGUGUGAAUUGAUUUAGCAUUAAUUUGUUUUUAUACAGGUUUAUUAUUGAUAAAGUUUGUUCAUUUUAAAUGUCCUCUUUGAGAGUGACAAUUUGGUGACUUACUGUAAAUUUUGCCAUCAGUUUCAUUUUUUGAACUAGACAGAUCUUUGUAAAUAAUGUAUUUAAUUGUAGACAUAAUUGGUAAGGAGUAGGUUACAACUGCUUCAAAUUGUCUUAGUCUAACUCAAAGUCAGAAACCAGAACAGCUAGGUAUCUUGGUAGCUUUUCAUUUACAGAAAUAUUAUACUUCUGUAUAUGUAGUUGUUGAAAGUACUUUUAUUUUAGUUGGAAAAAAAAAAAACAAACUACAAAAUAGGUAUGCGCUGAUCAGAGCUGAUACGGAUCAUCAAUAGUGCAUGAGGCAUAGAAGAAUAUAAAUUUUCUUGCCAUAAUUACAAGCCACGAUUCGACUAAAAUGUUCCUAAGAUGUUUAUCAAUACACAAGGCUAACACGCUGUUAGCACAUUUACAUGUGAAAUACACAAAUGUGUCUUUUAAGCUAAGAGGCUUAUUGUUUACUAAGCAGUGAGGACAAGUUCUUCUUUAUUGGUUCUUUUCAUUAUAAACAAUGCGAAUUGCUGUACUAAACACAAGCUAACUCACUAUUCACACUCAGAGAAGGAGUCCUUCACUUUAAUUGAAGGGCAAAACAGAAAGGUCUGAGCUCAUCACACAAGACUUGUCACUGUUUUCUUCUAAUCCAAGUACAGGUGGAUAACAUAUCCAUCUGCUGUGACUCCUAAGAUUCCCUUUACCUCAGUUUAUUACUUCACAUUCUUUAAUGGAAAAGUAGUGAAACGUCAAGCAAAAUGACACCUUUUAUUGGCUAACUAAAAAGAUUACAAUAUGCAAGCUUUCGAGGCAACUCCGGCCCCUUCUUCAGGCAAGAUAUAAGGUGUCAUUUUGCUUGACUUUUCACCACAUUCAUAAUGGCCAACACUGUACAACAAUUUAAUGGAAAAACAAAUUUUCCUGUCUUCACUCUCUCCUAAAGUCAGUUUACAGGAAUUUCCAUCAGCAAAACAACAUGUGUGAUUCCUAAAGUACUGUAAUGCUUCCCGUAAAGGAGUACUAUGACUAAGUUGCCAUAAAUCUUAGUAAGGCAGAUUCUAACAAAAAGAAAAAAAAACAUGUUUGAGAUCGGCCAAUUUAUUAAUUACUGAUCAAAUCGCUUGGAGUGAAAAUUGACUGAUUUAGAUUGACGUUGAAGCACCAGCAGCACAAAUUGCAUUCUGGAAAGGGCUGUUUCCAAACCCUUUAGGCACUUUAAAAGAAAAUGUUGAAAAUAAAAAAUGAAGUAAUAACAUAAUUUCUGUCAUUUGCACAUCGUAUCGAAAAACCCCACCUGUGAAGUCCGACACUUCAGUAUCAUCACACAAUUUAUUUUACAUUGUUUUUAUAUAUUCUGUACUGAUGAGACAUAGAGCUUCAUAAACACUGUUAAUUGUAUACAGUAAGUCGUGAAAAUAAGUUUAUUGGCCUUUUCUGGACUUCUGUUUGUGCCAUUGAAGAUGUUUUUUAGACAUAGAGUACAUGCUUUACAGUGCAUUGUGUUCUACAGCAUUUAAGCCUGUAGUGGACAGUAGAUGACACUUUAGCAUAUCCUGCAUAGUGACUUGGGAGCACUGUGAUCGAUGUCCGGUCAUUUUUUAAAGUAAACUUUUUGUUUAGCAGGAUGAAAGCCUCUUUUAAUAACAUUGAGUUGUAAAAAAAGAACAUAUUUAAAUGUUCUAAGCACAUUUACGAGUUAUUUUAUUUGCAUAAUGAUAAGCACUUAGUUUUGUUUCAGGCUUUUUGUAUUCUUCAGUAGACUAGCUUGAAAAUGAAAGUAAAAUGUCUAAUCAGGUUACAUUAUUUUAAAGCUUACAUUUCAGAUAUGAAGUAUAAUCACUUGUCAUUUUCUUCAAUAGAACGUCUUUAGUGGCAUAAAGGCCACAUUAAUAUUGAUCAUGAAGAGUGUCAGCAGUUCCAUUAUCAAGUUUGGAUGAUUGCAUUUACAAAUUAGCUUUGACAAUCACAAAUUUCAUUCUUAACUUGUGAAUAGCAUUACUUUUGGAGUGUAGUAAACUGUAGGUUUAAAAUGUAAACCAAAAAAAAUGAUUCUUGAAAGCUGCUCAAUACUCUGCUUUUCUUUAUAGUUGGUCCAAUGUUUGUUUUCACAGUUAAAAAAAUUGUCAAGAAGACUUAUUUUAAAUAUUAGGCUGUUAUAACACCAAUAAUAACUCCAAACAACACGUAUCACAUAAUCCUUCAUACUACACGAAAUCCCCCUUACACAAUACAUAAACCCCAUCAACACAUAACCCAAACCCAAAACAUCAUUGAACUCCUGUGUGAUACCAAAAGCAGUUCCAGUGCACAGCGAUUCUUAAAGCCAUUCAGUACCCUGCUUUCCUUGGUAGAAGGACCUGUGUCUCUUUUCACAGUUAAACUGUUUUUUAUGUAUUAGGUGUCUUUUUGAUGUUCAUUCUUUGCCAAUCUGUUAAGUGCCUUCAUGUCAUUCUCUUUACAUGACUGGCACUAUUACACUUAUAUUUAAAAAAAA